AAAUCAAAGGCUGACUAGGCAAAAUCACCCUAAAUCCUAGAAAACCCUUCUUCCUCGUUAAACCCUAGAAGACUCGAAACAAAUCACCUCCUCCUUCCUUCCUCCAGACCAUUCCUUUGACCAAAAAGGAAAGUAAACCCAAAUCAACAAUAACCCUAGACCCUUCUUUCCUCAACCAACUAAAAUCCCUCUCCCUCUCGGAAAACCCACGAGAACCCAUAAAAUUUCAAUCUUUAUCUCUCAAGAAAAGCUAUAAAGAUCCAAUCUUUCUCACAAAAACUCCAUAAAAAUCCCAUCUUUUUCCCGAAAAGAUCAAAACUUUGAUUGCAAAAUGAAUGACCCAAAUGAUCACAAGUAUAGAAAAUACCACCCAUAUCAAGACCUCUACAAUGUUCCAGCUCAAAACCUCUACAACCUUCCAACAUCCCCUGAAUUUCUCUUCCAUGAAGAAUCUUUAACCCAACGCCGUUCUUGGAGUGAAAAUCUCCAAUACUACACAGGCACAGGUUACUUAUCUGGAGCUAUAUUAGGCGGUGCUAAAGGUUCUAUUGAAGGAAUCCGUGCCGCGGAGCCCGGAGAGUCAUUAAAGUUGAGGGUUAAUCGUGUUUUGAAUUCUGGUGGUCAUGCGGGUAGAAAAUUUGGAAACAAUUUGGGUGUUUUGGGACUCAUGUUUGCGGGGAUUGAGAGUGGUUUGAUUCAUUGGAGAGAUACUGAUGAUUUGGUUAAUACUGUGCUUGCUGGUCUUAGUACUGGUGCUAUUUAUCGUGCUGCAAAAGGGCCUAGGUCUGCUGCUAUUGCUGGUGCUAUCGGCGGGAUUGCUGCGGCUGGUGCAGUUGCUGCGAAGCAGGCUGUUAAGAGAUAUGUGCCUAUUUGAAAAUUUUGAAAUUUAUGGUUUUAGGCAUUAUGGGGUUAGGAUUUAUGGGGGAUAAAUGGUUUUGUGGGGGUUUGGUUGUUUGGUGAUAUACGGAUUGGUUUAAUGGAUUGGCGCAAAUAAUUUGUAUGACCGUAUUUUAUAAUUCUAUUUGUCGACUUGGCAUGUGUUCCUGAUCUCGUUCCUGUUUAUAGGAAGUUUUGGGCUUCUAACUUGAACUUUUAUUAUAAAAAGUUUGUUUUGGUUA